CCAAAUCAUGUAGGAAGAAGAAACAUAUUCGGCUCCCUUUACCCUCUUCGUUUUUACUUAUCUUUCUACGGAUAUGUACAAUUAGGCUGGUUUUCCAUUGGGUAGGGUUUUACUAGAUUUCCAUCUCUGGUCCUCCUCAAUCACAGAUGCUACCUCUUCUUACCACCAUAUUCAUACUCUAUCCCUCACACUGACCAGCAAGCCAACCCCAUUCGAAUUUGGGAGAUCCAAAGGUCUGUAUUUGGUGUUAUUGGACUGUUUUUUGAUGGUUGAUUGAUUGUGGGAUCGUCUAGUGCUUCUGCUAAUCAUUUGAUGGCUCGGACAUUCUCGCGGUCUCCUUCUUAUGUGAGGAGGCACUCUCCUUCUCCAGUUAGCCGCAGGCAUAGCAGGAGGAGCAGAAGGGAUCGAAGCCGAUCUCCUUAUUCGUAUAACCAUAGCAGGCGAAAAAGCACUUCUCUAUCCCCACGGCGACGCAAAAGUCGUUCACCAACACCUAGACGUCGAAGAAGCCGUACACCAACACCAAGGUGGCACAAGAGACACAGAAGUAGGAGUGUUACUCUGUCUCCUAUUCGCCAGUCUCGAAGUACAAGCCUUGGGUCCACAGAGAGGAAGAACGGCAUUGAGAAACUGCGAAAGGAGGAAGAGGAUAAGAAAAGGCACCAACGCGAGGCAGAAUUAAAGCUAUUAGAAGAGGAAACUGCCAGGAGAAUGGAAGAGGCCAUACGGAGAAAAGUUGAGGAAAGCUUGAACUCUGAGGAGAUAAAACUUGAAAUACAUAGGCGAAUCGAGGAAGGUCGAAAGAAAUUACUCGAGGAGGUAGCUGUUCAGCUUGAGAAGGAAAAGGAAGCUGCUCUCAAUGAGGCAAGGCAGAAGGAGGAACAAGCAAGGAAGGAGAGGGAAGAACUGGAUAGGAUGCUGGAAGAAAACAGGAGAAGAGUAGAAGAAUCUCAGAAGAGAGAAGCUUUAGAGCAGCAGAGGAAAGAGGAAGAGCGCUACAGGGAGCUGGAGCAGAUCCAAAGGCAGAAGGAAGAGGCUAUGAGAAGAAAGAAAUUGGAGGAAGAGGAAGAGAGGGCUAAUCAGAUGAAGUUACUGGGAAAAAACAAAACUCGCCCUAAGCUUUCCUUUGCCCUAGGCUCCAAGUGAUCCUGGUGCAUCACCCAGUGGUUGUAAGUGUCACCAAUGUUGCAUGUUUUUUACCCUUGGUUAAAGAUACCACCAACUACCUGUGCGGGAAUGAAUUCUCAGGAGCUCCUCUUGUUGGAAAAUUCCAUUGGUGGUGUCAUGAAAUUUAGUUACACAAUUGUAUGGAGCUCCUGUUGGAAAAUUUUAUUGGUGAAAUCAAGAAAUUAAGUUAUAUAGUGC